UCCGUCACGCAGAAAAUCGCGACAGAAUGCAGCUACCGGUGCCUCUGCUGCGGGGGUGCGUGCUCUUAGUGCACAAUUGGUUGCAUUCUACUUCAGAGCACCUAUCAAGGCAUUUUUUCGCACCCGAGUUGAUUAUAUGGUAUGCGGUUGCAUUGUUCCUUCGCCGGCCCGGUUGCACUGAUCUCUGGAGUCCAUGUCAACUGAUAUAUAUGGCUCUUCCUGUUAUUUCGCUAGGCCUUCGCUAGAGCUGUCAAUCCUCAUUCUGCGAAAACCGGUUGGUCUCUGCACACAACUACUCCGGGGUUACUUGUCCAUGCCGUUCGCACAUAUGGGUGGCGCUUCAUCCCUAAUCAAGUUAUGCCACCUCUCCUAGCGAAUGCUGGGAUUGGAGCCGUCCUUUACACGUCAUAUCUACAAGUUCUUGGCGCUUUGUACGAACCGGCGUCCCAAGGUAUCAAACGCGUAUACCCACCUGCUCCCCCUUCAAACACAUUUGCAGCUGGGUUUAUAGCGGGUACAAUUCAGUCAGUAGUAGCCGCUCCUCUGGAUGCGCUUCAGGUCCGUCUCCGAGCGAGUGACUUGCUUGAGGGCCCCUACAAGAGCAUGUGGCAUUAUGGCCGCCAUAAACUCAAUCAAAUUGGGGUCCGUGGUAUAUUCGCAGGGUGGGGCUUAUCCUUCACUCGCGACGCUUUUGGUUAUGCAGUAUUUUUCUCUUUCUUCGAGUUCGUGAAAUCGCAGGCCUACUAUUCAUUUUUGACCUGGUAUUACGGCUCACGGCGGACUCAUUACGCGGAACAGUUACAGCACAUCCAAUCGAGUGACCGCGGCGUACCGCUCAUAAGACCACAUUAUGCUCUGGAGCCAUGUUUCUUGAUGGCUGCAGGUGUUGCAGCUUCAGUUGCUCAACAGAGUAUACAGCACCCGCUAAGUGCCAUUCAAAGCCUCCAUGUUGCUCGCUUGGAAUACAUUGACCAUCAAGCGAGUCUUCAUCCUUCAAGACGAGAAAUGCUACGUUUAUAUUACUCUGCAUACCAGGAAACCUUGAAGAGAUGCAGGAGAAAGGCUUCCAGGGCAGGUGGCUGGCGUCGUUGGCUGUUUCGUGGGUUUGCAAGGGACGCCAUCCGUCAAGUACCUAGCACUAGUGCAGGCUUGGUGAUAUUCGAGGUGGUGCGUCGUAAGUACGCUAAUAUGGCAGACGCUGUAUAUAUCGAGAAAGAUGGCUAUGACAUUCUUUUAACAUGAUAAACAUGCUGGUUUAAUCAUUGCGCUUCCCCCAGGGGGGAAGAGAAAGCCAUUGGCUAUCGAGGAACGAUGUGUAGUGUGUACGGUAUAACGGCUAAGUUGAUAUCGGAGAGAAACGUCCAAGAUGAUAAACUUUCAUUGUCGCUCGUGGUACAUGAAAUCUAGUUAUAACUACAUAGUAACGACGAGUAGCAAAGGGGCUACCCAUGCUAUGAUUACUAGCUACUACAAUCGAAACAAGCGAUAACAAACAAUGUUCUAUAACCAACGAUGUCCUACGG